GUUUUUGACUUGCUUCUUUGAUUCAAAGACAAACAUUGGUCACCACACAACUCUAUCGAUUGAAUAAUGUCGCAGUACGCUAUUGAAGGAGCUGGAUCCAGUCGUCCCGAUGUGGAUAUUGAUGCACUUCCUUAUGUUGAUCGUGACGUGGACGAUGAAUCUACAAAGCUCACAGUAGAGAGAUUAAUAGAACAGGAAAUGCGUCGUAUGAAAAGAAAAGAUCGUUCCGAGUUGCCUCUGACGGUCAAUUUAUUUGAGAAGAAUGAGCUUUUAAAACAAGAAAUGGAGCGUAUCGCAAAAAAACAACCUUUAGAUGCCUUGGAUACCAAACGAUAUGAAUUGAAAGGCCCUGAAGAGGAUGAGGAUAAAGAAAGUGUGGAAACUUGGAAAGCAGCUGUUGACAAUGCGAAAUCACAACUCGAGUCGCAAGCAGGAAGUAUGUUCAAUCUGGAAUUGCUUUCAAAGUAUGGUGCCAAUGCUUGGCGAGUGCACAAUUAUCAGUUAGAAACCUCAAUCAACUAUGUCAAAAAGGAGACCGAAAGAUUACGUCAACAAAUGAUGGAAAUCAAUAGAGAGCGUAAACAAGAUCAAACACAAGCAGCCGCCUCAUUAUCAUCGUUAGAAAACAAAUGGUCAGAUUUGAUAUCACAGAAUUUACAAGUGGAGUUGGCUUGUGCAGCUCUUGAAAAUGAAGUAGAAGAAUUACGAAGAAUGAAACAGUAAAGAAAACUGUAUAUAAAUGUUGCCAGUGUAUCCCCUAUUUUUAAAAAAUUAUGUACUAUCCAAAAGAUGACCUAUAUCAACUGUGAAAGUAGUGUUUCUUUUUUUGUUUUUUUUUUUUUACUUUUUGACAUCCAAUUUUGUCUAACGGAAAGAAUGGACAAGUUGAGGGCAAA